CGAGCCAUUCAUUUAAUUUCAACUUACUACAGCCCAAUGAUAUGGGCUAGAGUUUCCGCGACAAAACUUCCAACCUAAGCUUUCAGGAUUUUUUUCGGUGUUCCUUGCUGUUCCUCGGCAAAAAUGAUGCCUGACCGCGUGUAUUCAUAUGUCACUCGUUAUCGUUUUCACGCUAUUCGAGGACUCUUCUUCGAACCCCAAACUAUAAAUCUUCAGCUGGAGGCUGUCAGAAGAAUCGUACUACGGUGGAAAACUAUCGAUAAAAAAAGGAUCAUCUAUAGUUCUCCGGGAGAUAGUACUCGUCAACCAGUUACAGCUGCUCUGCUUUUAUCCGGACAGCUUCUAAUAUUAGGGAAUCACCUAGUAUACAAUCGUAUACAUCCCUUUUUUUCAGAUAGACGAUAUAUAUCGUUCACGAAAGAACAGAAAAUUCUUGGUCAAUAUCUGCUCAACAUGAGGCUUUCCGCGAACUUUCUGUCUCUGACCGUCUUCCUGCAGAGCUCCCCAUCUCUUGCGCACUAUAUCUGGGAUAGCGUCAUUGCAGGCAGUACAACUUCCUCCGCCGCAGUACGUAUGCCCUUGAGCAACGGUCCCGUGCUGAAUGUCACAUCCCCGGAUGUUGUCUGCAAUGUGAAUCCCACCCCCGCAACUGCAACCGUUACCGUCGCCGCCGGGAGCACUCUUGGAUUCAAUUGCGACGAUAAUGUUUAUCAUCUUGGUCCUGCCGCUAUAUAUUUAGGACAGGCCCCGGGAUCGGUAGCAGAAUGGGAUGGGAGUGGCGAGAGAUGGUUUAAGAUAGCAGAAUGGGGCGCGACUUUUGAUCCCUUGUCAUUCACGGAUUUUAGGGUGACUCAACUUAAGACCACUAUUCCAUCAGAUCUUCCUGCUGGGGAGUACCUUGCUAGGAUUGAACAAAUUGGAAUUCACAUACCCUACGCUCCCCAGUUCUUCAUUUCCUGUGCUCAAAUCAAGAUUACUGGUGGAGGAUCUGUAUCUCCCGCGAUGGUCUCUAUUCCAGGAUAUCUUUCUCCUACUGAUCCAUCACUCAUGGUAAACAUCUACGAUCCCACCUUUACGUCCUACACGGUACCAGGGCCUGCCGUUUUUAGUGGAUGAUCAGGAAGCAGAGAAAUUUGUAGAUUAGCGACAUUCAGUGGCCGAGUAUCGUGCGAGUCUUCAUGAAAUAUGAGAUUUUCCUGAUCAAGUAUGAGUGCUCCGAGUGGCAGUCAUCCAGAGUCACGAAUGCGGUCUAAUUAUUUAUCCGUGAGAGUAUCCUGUGGUCACUCAGCGGGCGUCAUUUGGACGGUAUUUCCCGCAAUUUCGUGGAGACGAG